AUGAACCUGGUCGGCGGCUAUGCGUCCUCCGAUGAUGAUGAACAGCUACCGCCGCCGCCGCAGCAGCAGCCGCAGCAGCAGUCCGAAGGAGCCUUGAAGCAGAAUGGAAAGGCACGAGCGGUGGGAAGCGUGGUGACACCGGCAACAAUCAAGGCUACCGGCAACAAGGGAAAGAAGCGGAGGAGUGGCAAGAAGACGACGGGCUUGAAGAAGAACAACAAGAAGACCGUCAACGCUCUCGUGCUCUCUCCCGAGAUUCAGGCCGCGCUCGCUCGCGGAGACUCUCUAGGAGACAGCGACUCCGACGACGAGGAUGGUGUCGCCAAGAAGCCCAAGAUCGUCCGUCGACCCGCUGGAAGCGACCCGAGCGACCUGCUGUCGCUGCUGCCUCAGCCGUCCACAGCCGCGAGCGCAGAUGACAUUCUGCUCAAGAGUCAAAAGAAGAGAGACGACGCGAGGACGGCCAAGUCAGCAGCCGCAGCCGCAGCAGCGGCAACAGCAACACGACCAGCAACUGCUGGCGGCGGCGGGGGCAUCGAAGGCCAGGCAGAAGAAGACCAAGAGUCCGAGUCGGACGAAGAUGGGGACGACCUUCUCGCUGGGAUGCACGCCAAGUCGGCGGCGGCGGCGGCGGCGGCGGCGGCGGCGGCGGCAGCGGCAUCUGAAACCGGCUCUAGAAGCGGCCCUCUCUUCACCCUCCCCUCUCGAGCAAGACCGCCCCCCGCUGCCGCGCCCGCCGACCCACCGGAACAGGGCAUGGAGGAGGUGGUCAGGCCUAGCGGGGAAGGCACAGCUGCGGUACCUGGGUAUCUCGAGACAGGGACACCGGGCCUAAGUGCGGGGCAACAGCAGUGGGGAGGGUUUGAUCGAGGGCAUGCCGCGGCAUCUCCCCAGGGAGGUUAUGCUGGGGCCGGCGGCUACGGUGGAGCGGCGGGGGCAGUGGGAGGGGUUGCGGCGGCAGGAACAAGCGCUACAGAUUACGCCGUGUAUGGGGCUGCUUCACAACAGCAGCAACAGCAGCAGCAAACGCCAUAUUAUUACCCUUAUGCAGCUGGGGCGGCUGCAGGUAGCUACCAGCCCGAGUUCGGCGGUGGGGGAGCCAAGGCAACGAGGCGAAAAGGAAGGGAUAUGGAGCGCGCAUUAGCGAGGGGAGAUUUGGGAGCCUUGGGGAGCGAGAUGCCGGUGAUGGACCUACAACAAGGCACCAACGAAUACAACCCCCUGCGAACGAAGCCGACCACGGCUGCCAUGAACCAGGAGCAGAAGCACAUCGAGAGCAGUGUUUACGACCCGAGCACCGGGAAGACAGUGAAAACUCUGGAGCCGACGUCGAUGCAGAAACGCAAGCACCAGAUCAACCAGCUGGCGGCGCAGGCGGCCAGCAUGGAGCGCGAUUUGAUGGAGCGUAGCGGCGCGUCGAGAUUAACUAAGGCUCAGACCCACGCCAAGUACGGCUGGUAGUCCCUACUGAGGUGUGUUGCGCGUGAUCGUGAACAGCCUUGCCCGACUUGUCUGGUACGUGUGGGCGGUGACCUACUGGGCCAACAACCAAACGAUGCAACUGCCUGAUGAAUUUUGGAUUUUGCUCGUGUGGAUUGAGUCUUUGGGGGGACAGGCCCUACAGUCGAAACAUGAUCGAUGAAGAAGCAACGCACCACGUUACGGAGAUAUUCGAAGUAAGUGAUUUGUUGCGUGUUUAGGUCGGUGCUCUCCUUGGCCUCCGACCCGCCUUCUCUGUGCUUACCAGCCGGACGGCCCCAGCAGCUCUGUCAGGACUAGCCACUUCUAAAUACGGUAUUUAUGUCCGUGGUGCCUUGCUUUGUGACAGUAGUACCCCACAAGUGUCCUUCAAGUCUCAGGUAGAUUGCAACGUGUGCAGGCCAAGGGAAGCGAGCUUGACUCAUCUGCGGUGUAGAAUCCGUGUUCUUAUCGUAGACCCGGGCCGCGGCAGGGUACGUGUAUCACAUGAGCUGCGCGUUCAAAACAUCCCACCUAGCCUCUCUGGGGGUGAGUAUUAUUUCGUAACGCAUUCCACAUCCAAGUACAGUCGUCCCCGCUU